AUGGGCGCGGAACGCUCGCCCGAUCCGCGUCGAUUCAACCCGGACAGAUUCGCUGACGAUGAGACGACGCUCUAUCAAUCAGUCACGGGAGACUCCAAGAAGCGCGACACUUUUACCUUCGGCGCAGUCCGGCGCCUCUGUCCGGGCAUCCACAUCACCGAGAGAUCCUUCUUCUUGGGCAUUUCCCGACUCCCCUGGGGAUUUAACGUUUCCAAGGUCUUAGACAAUCAAAGACAGUCCAUUCCUCCUCCCAUUGACGAUCUGGUCGGAGGUGUGAUCGCUCAGCCUCGCGAUUACCCUGCCAAAUUCACUCCCAUGAGCCCAGGUAGGAUUAAAGUCGUCCGAAACGCCGUGAAAGAGUUCGAUGCGCGGUUGGAUCCCGAGACGGAGCAGUGGAGCAAGGUACUGGAGGGAAUGGCAUUCUCCACCUGGACGCCGGAGAAGACUGAGGGCUGA